AUAGAAGGGAAGUGUUUGAGGUUGGAUUUGAACUCUAGUCUAACUGACUCCAGGCCCAAUGCUCUAUUCACCAGUUGCCUCCUAAUAGAGGCAGCUUUGCCUAAGGUGUUAGACUACUCAGGAUUCAGUGAUUCCUGCAUCCCACAUUGUUUUGUUGUGGAGUUUUGCACCCUGGAAGGAAGCAGAAGCUGAUUUCCAAUGGCUCCCUUAAGAAUGAGGCUAGGGAUCUAUGGGUAGAGUAGGGGGAGGCUGGGCUGUUACUUUCUAUUCUGUCGGUCCUUUCUCUGGGCAAAACUGCUGAUGGCCAAGCCUGCCUGCUUGUGUGUGUGUGCCUUGUUGCUGGGGCAGAACUGCUGGCCCCAGGCAGAAGCAUCCAGGCCCGAGUUGGCAUCCAUCAGGCAUUGUUCCAGCCAUUUCAUCAGAACCAGAGGCCUCAACCCCAGGGAGGCAGGAUAUAAAUUCUCCAGCCCACACUUUCCCCUAGAACAAGGCUGUGCCUGGUCAUGAAUUUCCUGGCUCUGCUGCUCCUUCUUGCCGUGCUAUCACCAGCUGAUGCGGUGGCAUUCACUGGGCACCAGACCUUGGACUGGCCCCAGGACUGUGGUGUGGCCCCAUUCUACCCUUCCAGCUCUGCUGAGAGGAUCAUCCAGGGCAGUGAGGCCAGACCUCACUCAUGGCCUUGGCAGGUGUCCAUGCAGCACCCUAGGAAAAUAGUGUCCUAUGCUGGCCCAAUCGUGUGGUGGCAUCUUCUCUCCUCUCCUCGCUGUCAGGCUUGGGUCCAAGGGAGCCAGAGGUUUGUCCACGUCUGUGGGGGGACCCUGAUCCAUCCCAGCUGGGUCCUUACUGCAGCUCACUGCUUUUCUGGGGGGAAGAUGGAUAAUGUUGCCAACUGGCGCAUUGUGUUGGGCAAACACUGGCUCAACCAAACAGAAGCAACCCAGAGAGUGCACCGUGUGAAACGAAUAUACCGGCAUGAGCACUUCCACUACCCACACCUCGACCAGCUGAACAACGAUAUUGUCCUGGUCCGGCCUGUUCAUGACAUCCCCAGUAGUCCCUAUGUGCACUAUGCCUGUCUACCUACCUCUGGAGGCCCUGCCCUCAAGCCUGGCCAGCUCUGCUGGGUCACUGGCUGGGGAGGGACUCAAGGUGGGGAGGAAAACUCAACUUUGUCUAAUGUUCUGAACCAAGCCCAGCUACCUAUCAUGGAUUUCACUACCUGUCAACAGGAAAAGGUCUGGGGAGACAAAGUAAGCCCAACUAUGCUAUGUGUGGGCUUCAGGGACCUCCAGGGGACUCCUGCAGCAUGCCAGGGAGACUCAGGGGGCCCCUUGCUUUGCCAGAUGGGAAAGAAUGAGUGGGAAGUCCAUGGCAUAGCUAGCUUUGGACCUAUUGGAUGCCGAGCUGAGAACAAGCCCAGUGUCUUCACCAGGACUGCUUCCUACAGGUCAUGGAUUGAGGCCACCAGAAUCCGGGAUUUUUUCUUCUACUGAGUACAAAGGGAUGGCGUAAGGGAGCACUGGACUGCAUCUAGCCCCGUACAUGGCUAGUAGGAUGGAAAAGGUGCAUUCAGUAUCACUAAAGGGGAAAGUGUAGCAGAAACUUGGAUUACUGCGUGCUUGCAUCACAGAAAUUUGCUAUGAAAGGAAAAAGGAGGUUAUGACAAUAUCAAGACUGUACUUUCAAGGGCACAGAAUGAUCUUACAGAAGCCAUAAUAGGGGAAAAACUCCCUUAUCUCUGCUUAAUUUGAGGAGUGUCUUGGGAAGACAACCUGUGGAUGGGAAAUCAGGAGCCCUGUACCUUUAGUUUGGGUUCUGCUGAUGAGGUGAGGUGGACAGGAGUGCUCUAGGCAGAUGGAGCAAGCCGGAUGCAGGAUGUGAGAUACGAGAUAAGACGCAGAAUGUGACCAGCCAGAAAAAUGAUCAAAGAAGACUAUGCAUUGAAGCCCCCCACCAUGGACUUAGCUGUGUGCUUUUACAAAGCACCCCCAAUUACCUGAUGUUCCAGAACAACUCUUCUCCUCCCCUUUCCUGUCCUCCUUGUUUAUCUGUCUGACAAAGGCUCCUCUGGACUACCUGAUAUGCCAGGCAUUCUAGAGCUGUGCUUGUCCUUCCUCCCAUUCUCUUGUUUCCCUUCCCCCUAUUCUGUAAAAUUGUAUUUAGGACCAGACAGCUAACCUGGCCACUUGUUCUGUCUCCCUUGGGGGAGCAGAGCUCACCGCCUAUGUUCUUUCUUUCUUAUGUGGAAGCAGUGCCUGCUGGAAUACAUCACCCCAAUAAAUGCCUUUCUUUUAACUUGGA